AUGCCCGCGCGCGAGAACGGCACGAGACAGUCGAGCAGCCGGCACCGCUCGACGCUGUCGCUGCAAAAGACGGAGAUUACAAUCCACGUUUACGAUCUGCUACCGCCCGGCAGGGUAUCCUCGGUCCUCUGGACCGUCGGGGCGUCGCUGCUGCAUUCCGGCGUCGUCAUCAACGGCCGCGAGUACGCCUACGGCGGCCACGACAAGCGCGGCGUCACCGGCGUCUACUGGACCAAGCCCAAGACGGAGCCUCCCGGAGGCACCUUUCGCUGCGAGAUACUCCACGGAUUCACGCUCGCUAGCCAAGAAGAGAUCGACGCCACCCUUCGCCACGCCUCGGACGAGUUUCUCGGCACCUCGUACAACCUCCUUACUAGAAACUGCAAUCACUUCACCUCAUAUCUCUGCCAGAAGCUCACCGGCUCGCCCAGCCCCGGAUGGCUCAACCGCGCUGCCAGCAUCGGCGUUGCUCUGCCCUGCGUGGUCCCGCGCGAAUGGAUAGAGCCGCCCGAGUACGACACGGCCGACGGCGAGCUGCUCGAUGAGGACGAGCAGCACACCGAUGAGCACUCCCGCAUGCUCGGCCAGUCGCGGCCGCACUUUCUCUCCGACGGUGCCGCCAGCGACGAAGCGACGGAGUGGGAUAGCGAGGAGGAACGGCGCCGCGGCGGCAGCGGCAAAGGGAAGCAGGUCGUCCGGGACUCGGCCGGCCGGCAGCUCCCCGCGGCAGAGCGGGCACCCACCUGGUAG